AUGUUUAGACAACUUAUAUCAAGACAACAAAUACCAAUCAGGAAUACAAUCUCAUCAUCAAUUAGACUUAUGACUUCUUCUGCCACCAUUAAUUCUAAUCACAAAACUGAACCUACCCCAGCUAGACUGGAAGAUCCAGAGACUACCACUCAAGAACCAAUUAUUUUUGCUCCACAAACUUACCAAUAUACUAAAGGACAUUUAGGAGAAACAGAAAUAGAAAAAGAUCCAUUGAUUCAAUUUAAUAAAUGGUUCAAGGAAGCUCAAGAUACUUUACCAGCUGAUUCUGAUGUCAUUGUUGAAGCAACAAAUUUUUCUACGGCAAGAUUACCAAGUGGUAGAGUCUCAUCACGUAUUGUUUUAUUAAAAGAAUUAGAUAAAUAUGGAUUUUUGGUUUAUUCCAAUUGGAAUACUUCUAAAAAGGCUAAAGAUUUUGAACUGAAUAAAUAUGCAAGUUUAACAUUCUUUUGGCCUCAUGCUCAAAGACAAGUUAGAGUUGAAGGUAUUAUGGAACAUGUUACUAGAGAAACAUCUGAACGUUAUUUCAAUACUAGGCCAAGAGGUUCAAAAAUAGGUGCUUGGUCAAGUCCACAAAGUUCUGUUAUCCAAUCUCGUGAUGAUUUAGAUGAAAUUAAAGAUAAAUAUAAAGAUAAAUUUAAGGAUUUGAAAGAUGAUGAAAUCCCAUGUCCUGAAUAUUGGGGUGGUAUCAGAAUAGAACCAUUAGAAGUCGAAUUCUGGCAAGGUGGAUUAAGUAGAUUACAUGAUCGUAUUACUUAUAGAAGAGAAAGAAAAGAAGAUCCAAAUUGGGAAAUUGUCAGACUUGCCCCAUAG